GUGGCGGUCGUCUGCGAUGACCACGUGAAAUGACGCGUCUUUUUAGGUUCGAUUAGGUCUCUGAUGUUGCGAAGUUCUCAGGAGCUUCAGUACGACGCUCCAUAGGAUAAGAAUCAUACACCGUCGCAUCUCAACCUUCGAUUCUCCGGCGGAAUGGGCCAAUCAGUUUCGGUGGUCUCCGCUCUCUGCCGCCGCCGGUGUAAAGCUCCGUCUAAUUCCACGGCCGUGAUCUCUCCAGUGGUCGCCGAUGAAGGGGAAGAAGAAGACGAGGGGGAAGAAGAGAACUCCUCCACUGCAGCCGUCGCCGAUGAUCCGUACGAUUACAUCUCCGACUUGCCGGAAGAGUGCUUGGCGUGCAUUUUCCAUUUGCUGAGCUCCGGCGACCGGAAACGGUGCUCGCUAGUCUGCCGUCGGUGGUUGAGGAUCGAGGGACAGAGCCGUCACCGUCUCUCGCUCAACGCGCAGUCAGAUCUUCUCCUCGUGAUCCCGUCGCUGUUCUCGCGCUUCGAUGCCGUCACCAAACUCGCUCUGAAGUGCGACCGUAGAUCUCCGAGCAUCGGAGAUGAGGCGCUCGUGAAGAUCUCCGAAAGGUGUCCGAAUCUGACGCGGCUCAAGCUACGCGCGUGUCGGGAUGUAUCUGAUGCCGGUAUGGCGGCCUUCGCGGAGAAUUGCAAGGGCUUGAAGAAGCUCUCGUGUGGAUCCUGCGCGUUUGGAGCCAAAGGCAUGAACGCCGUGCUCGACAAAUGUCCGGCUCUGGAGGAGCUGUCGGUGAAGCGACUUCGUGGCAUCACCGACGGAGCUGCGGCGGAGCCAUUUAGGUUUCAAUUGGUUAAUUGCAUGCGUUCCACUUCCCCUAUUUCACUAAAGACGAUUUGCUUGAAGGAGCUCUAUAACGGUCAGUGCUUUGCCCCUCUGUUAGUCGGAGCUAAACAUCUUAGGUCUUUGAAGAUUUUCAGGUGUUCUGGUGACUGGGAUAGGGUUCUUGAGGCUGUGGCAAAACAGGUUACUGGGAUCGUUGAGAUUCAUCUCGAGAGGAUUCAGGUGAGCGAUCUGGGUCUCACUGCCAUAUCGAAUUUCUCGGAUAUCGAGAUUCUGCACCUUGUGAAAACCCCUGAUUGCACGAAUAUUGGCCUGAUUACGUUGGCUGAACGUUGUAAGCUUCUAAGAAAGCUUCACAUUGAUGGAUGGAAGGCCAAUCGGAUUGGCGAUGAAGGGCUUAUAGCCGUUGCCAAAUCCUGCUGGAAUUUACUGGAAUUGGUUCUGAUAGGGGUGAAUCCUUCGAAGUUGAGUUUGGAAGCACUUGCCUUGAAUUGCCAGAACUUAGAACGAUUAGCAUUGUGUGGAAGUGACACUGUCGGUGACCCCGAGCUAUGUUGUAUUGCUGAAAAAUGCUUGGCAUUGAGGAAGCUUUGCAUUAAAAACUGCCCGAUCACAGAUGAAGGGAUGGAAGCUCUCGCCGUUGGAUGUCCCAACUUGGUGAAGGUGAAGGUCAAGAAGUGUAGAGGAGUGACCGUCGAAGGCGCUGAAUGGUUAAAGGGGAGAAGGGCGUCGCUUGCCGUGAAUUUAGAUACCCACGAGCCAGAAAAUCAAGAGGCUAGUGCCAGUGAUGGUGGAGCACAAGAGAACGGCAUGGAGUUCCCUCCUCUACCACGGGUUCAAGUCCUGGCCCCUGCCACAGCAUCCGCCAGUACGAGCCGGUCAGCCUCGUUCAAGUCAAGAUUAGGGUUCCUGAGCCGGAGAAACUUAGUAGCUUGCACACUGAGUAGAUGGGGAAGUCGCAAUAGCGGCUACCGGAACGACUAGACAAGCGAACCCCCAAAUAUGGAACCAUUCUCUGUUUACAUUCAAGCACUUUUCUAUGUAUUCUGUGUGGUCUGAUUGCUGCGGUUUCGUAUUGAUUCAUGAAUUGUUAAAAUCAGAUUUUAGAAAAUAUAUAUCAGGUUUCAUACCAA